CUCUCUCUCUCACAUCAUCCACAUACUCCCUCUCGUGUUCCGCUAGGGUUUCAACACACAAUGCAACCACCACCAAUGGCUGCCCAACCACAAUACCAACAGCAAUGGCAGCCCCAAUAUCAGGUUCCGCCGCCGCAGUCCGGUGGUUAUUACUACCCGCAACAAGGCGGAGUACCACUACAGCAGUCUCAGUACACGGCGGCGGCGGCGGCUCAGCCCACAAGUGCAGAUGAGGUCAGGACACUUUGGAUUGGAGAUCUACAGUUUUGGAUGGAUGAACAAUACCUCUAUAACUGCUUCGCUCAAACUGGAGAGGUGGUCUCUGCUAAAGUUAUCCGUAACAAGCAAACUCAACAAUCAGAGGGUUAUGGCUUUGUUGAAUUUAAUAGUCAUGCUGCUGCAGAAAGGAAUCUACAAGCAUACAAUGGUACCUUGAUGCCUAAUAUUGAGCAAAAUUUUAGGCUCAACUGGGCAUCACUUGGUUCGGGCGAAAAACGCACAGAUAAUACUCCUGAAUACACAAUAUUCGUGGGAGACUUGGCAGCUGAUGUCACCGAUUACAUGCUUCAGGAGACAUUCAGGGCCAAUUAUCCCUCACUUAAGGGUGCUAAGGUCGUAACAGAUAGGGCAACAGGGCACACAAAGGGUUAUGGGUUUGUUAGAUUUGGGGACGAGAGUGAGCAAAUACGUGCUAUGACUGAGAUGAAUGGAAAGUUUUGCUCCACUAGGGCCAUGCGCAUUGGUCCUGCAGCUAACAAGAAGAAUGCUGGUGGUCAGAUGCAAGCUUCUUCAUAUCAAAGUACUGGCACACAAAAUGAGGAUGACCCUACUAAUACGACUAUUUUCGUUGGGAACUUGGAUGCCAAUGUAACGGAUGAUCACCUCAGGCAGGUUUUCGGAAACUACGGGCAAUUGCUUCAUGUAAAAAUACCAGUAGGCAAACGUUGUGGUUUUGUUCAAUUCGCUGAUAGAAGUUGCGCUGAGGAAGCUCUACGAGCUUUAAGUGGAACUCAGCUGGGUGGACAAAGCAUCCGGCUUUCAUGGGGUCGUAGUCCUUCAAACAAGCAGCAGUCUCAGGGUGAUCCGAACCAGUGGAGUGGUGGUGGUUAUUAUGGGUAUACACCAGGAUAUGAAGCCUAUGGUUAUGCCCAACCUACUCAGGAUCCAAAUAUGUACUAUGCGGGCUAUGCAGGGUAUGGAAAUUAUGCACAACCUCCACAUCAACAACAACAAAUGCCUCAACAGCCCCAGUAAUCUGCUGGUCAAAGGAAUUGCUGAGGGCUUCCUAACAUGGCAAAAGCAUUGUUGUUGAAACGCGGAACACAUGGAUUUUUCAGUUGAAUGCUGAGGUAGUAUAGUUUGUUAUCUGUAGGUUAGUUCUUGGAGACAUUUAUGUUCUGGUCGGCUGUCUGUUUCUGUAGUUGCCUUCUUUUCUAUUUCCUUUUUUGUCGGCCUAUUUCGUAUGUGGCCAUUUUGGGUUAUAUGUGGUCUAGUGAUGUUAAAGACCUCAGAGAGAUCAAGGACAUCUUUUUAAUGAUCCCAUGGUUUUGUUUUGUCAGAUUUUUAUUUUGAUAUAUUAUGGUGCUUUUCUUUCGA